UCAGUGGUCUUCGGUCGUUUGAACGCAUUUGUGGUGGUGACAAGUACGAAAAUGCCGAAAAACAACAAAGGUCAGAACGCGUUUUAUUUCUUCAUGAUCGAUUGGAAGAAAGAACAAGAGAAAGCUGGAAAAAGUUUUCCGGAAGGUCUACGUGAUGUACAAAGGGAUCCUCAAUUAAGCAUCGAUUGGAAGAAUAUGCCUGCUCAUCAGAAAGGGCAAUAUGAGGCCAGAGCAAAGGACAGCAAGGUUAAAUCUCAGGGAACAACAGCCAAAAAAACAACUUUGGGAGAGAACAUAGCUGAUCUUCUUGCAGCAGAGAAAAAGAAACAGGAGUUUCAGCAAAAUAUGCUACAAUAUAUAGAUUCUGUAAUCUCUAUGGGUGUCCAGCACAACAGCUUGGGAAAGAUGAAGUUCAUGCUGGUACAUGCAAAUUGGUUUUACAGAAGAGAAGUGGGAAUCAAUCAAUACGACUUCUGUCCCGCAGAGUUUGCUGUGGCAGAAUUUAGUUUGGAUAGGGGCAUUGAGAACGUCUACCAUGAAGUGGUCAGUACCAAGAUACCAUUAGGAUGGAGGAAGGAUGCGUUGGAGACUAGUCAAGAAACUCAUAAAAUAACUAUCGAACAUCCAAACGGGCAGAGCGACUUUGCGUAUAUGUACAGGCGAUUAGUAAAGGUUUUAGCAUCCAAUAAGACUGGGGACAAGUAUCCACCUUUGUUCACCAUGAAAGAUUUGACACCGGCUAUCAACUCGUUGCUGAAGAGAAUGUGCGAGGCUGCUGGCCAGAGUUUGGACAACUUCGUGAUAUAUUCUCUGGAAGCGUUGUUCGCAGCAUUGCGAAAUGUCGCCACGCAGAACGUGAAGGACGAUUGCAGCAUUCCUCUAGUAGUUGCCGAAAAUGAGUUCGGAAAGGACACUUUUUCUUCGGUGGCUGGGCUUGAGUGCGAGUUCCACAAGCUUCUGGAUGCACCUCAGUACUGUAGUAUGUCUAUUGUUAAACGAUGGGGCUUCACGAUAUGCGACUACAGCUGCGAGUAUUUGGACAUACCAAUGAUCGAGGGUGUUCACUACCCAAUGAAUAAACUAUCCUUUAAUUCUCGAACGGCAGGCACUCUUAAUAUUCAGAUGAACAAUCUCAGUAUUAACGAUCAUAAUAACGUUGGCGUUUCUAUGACUGGAGUCAGUGCAGAUCACAGGCGAAAAGUAUCGGAACGAACCGAGAAAGACGAGCAACGACGACGUAAUGUGUGCAAAUCAUUGGAAAUCAUUGAUCACAGCAAAUACACCUCCAACACUAUACCUUCACGACCGUUGCGACCACCAAAAACAACAUCACGAGCUCUGAGUGAAACCCAAGAAAGUAUGACCAUUUUUAACGAUAGGGACUUUCCCAUAAUCGUGUUAGACCCACCAGUUGCAUGUAUAGGCACAGUCCACACGUGCAGGCAGUUCGGAACUCGUACGAGUACGAGUGUGCCUAUACAUGCAACUGGUGGGUCUAACACUAAUAAAUAA